AUGUUCGUCACAGCAGCAGCAACAGCCCUCCUUGUGGGUAUACCCGCAGCACUUGGCGGCCAGGUACCUGCUCUUGACGGCGUCUGGGGUGCAGUCUCCAGCAAUAGCUCCCAAAGAGCGAUCGUUGCUACAUCGACCGUUCCGGCUGUGGUUACGCCAGGGAAGCUGCGUGUCGCAGAAAACAGUGGAGUCUGCGAGACUACCCCCGGUGUAUACCAGGCGUCGGGUUAUGGUGACAUUGCCUCGAACGAGAGUAUCUGGUUCUGGUUCUUUGAGUCAAGAAACGGUCCCGACAACGCACCACUCACGAUAUGGCUGAAUGGUGGACCCGGAAGCUCCAGCAUGAUCGGCCUAUUCCAGGAACACGGGCCGUGUCGCCUCACGAAUGACAGCAGUGGCGUCACAUACAACGACUAUUCAUGGAACAAUGUGUCGAACAUCCUGUACAUUGAUCAGCCAGUGGGCGUUGGCUUCUCGUAUGGAACUCUGGACAUCGGUACUUCCCAGGAGGCUGCCGCGGACGUGUGGAGCUUCUUGCAAAUCUUCUUCGCAGACUCAAGGUUCAGCAAGUAUCAGGAGCAUGAUUUUGCCAUAUGGACGGAAUCCUACGGCGGUCACUAUGGCCCGACAUUUGCUGCCUAUUUCCUAGUACAAAAUGCUGCGAUUGCCAAUGGAUCAAUCUCGGGCUUGCCGAUCAACCUGAAAUUUCUCGGUGUGGGAGAUGGCCUCACUGACCCGCUCUCACAAUACCCGGGAUAUUUGGAGUACGCCGCAUCGAACCCGUAUCAUCCGUUGGUGUCCACAUCAGAUAUCCAGGAUUCCACCACACGUUGGCAGGAAUCUGGGGGCUGCAAGGAUCAAAUAACUGCAUGCUAUGACGGCGGCUCCGACGACACAUGCUCCGCUGCGCAGAGCUACUGCAAUAGCUACAUACUCAGCCCGCUUGCGGGUAACUAUGACGUAUACUACGUGCUGUCUGAGGACCCGGACGCGUACCCGCCGGACCCGACGCCAUACCUGAACAAUUCAACGCUGAUGGCAUUGAUUGGCGCCGAAUCGGACUGGUCGGAGACUAACUACGACGUAUACCAGAACUUCGCAGACACGGGCGACUGGAUGCGUAACUCGCGGCCGGACCUGGAGACGGUGAUUGAUUCGGGCGUGCGGACGAUCGUGUUUGACGGCGACGCAGACUACAUCCUCAACUUUGACGGCGUCGAGGCGAUGGUGAAGAACUUGCAGACGAAGUUCAGCAAUGAAUUCAACCAGCAACAAUUCACGAACUGGACAGUGCACGGGGAGCCCGCCGGGAUCUACAAGAAUGCGGGCACCUUUUCGUAUGUCCGCAUCUUCGGAGCGGGCCACGAGGUCGCAGCCUACGAGUAUGGGAACCUUGCGCGGGGGGAGGCGGCGCUGCAGAUGUUCAGUCAGAUCAUGGGUAACCAGUCGCUGUUCUCUACAUAG